GUACGUAGCUUCAUUCUGUCAUUAUGGCCUCAAACAACCUUUUGUUUUCCUUUCUGUCUCUCCUCCUUUUCUCUCUCCACUUAGGUCAAGGAUCAUCGUCGCCUGUUCAUGCUCAUUUUUAUCCCUUGAAGCUUUUUGUGUUUGGAGAUUCCUACGUUGACACUGGCAACAUCAAUGUCAAUACUUCCAGUGCGAGGAAUUUUCCUUAUGGAAUUACUUUUCCCGGCUUCCCUUCCGGCCGUUUCUCCGAUGGUCGUGUUUUGACUGAUUUCUUAGCAAACUAUGUUGGGUUGAAGAGAUCUCCAAUACCAUUCACUGCAUGGAAAAAAACUGGAAGCAAAUUAAGAGCAAAAUGUGGAAUAAACUUUGCUUUUGGUGGAACUGGGGUAUUUGACACAUUAUAUCCUUUCCCAAAUAUGACAACUCAAAUAAACUUUUUCCAAAAUCUUAUUGCCAACUCCAUAUUCACUUCUUAUGAUAUUCACUCCUCUAUUGCCCUUGUCUCUCCAUCUGGCAAUGAUUAUUCCUUUUACCUUGCUACCAAUGGUUCUCCAGAGGGAGUCAAACCAUUCGUUAUCUCGGUAGUGAAUCAAAUAUCUGUGAAUUUGAAGCGCAUUUAUAAGUUGGGAGUGAAAAAAAUAGUUGUUGUUGGAUUAGGGCCAGUAGGAUGCUAUCCUAGUCCUACAGCCCCAUCAUUCAAGAAAUGCAAUGAAACAAUGAAUUCACUUGCUGUAUUCCACAACACUUUAUUGAAACAAGCUGUGGAGAAACUCAAUAGUGAAACAAAGCUGGGCGGAUCUCCAAAUUUCUUCAUUCUUAAUAUGUACGACACAGUUUUGUCCAUCAUAAAAAACAAAGGGAACCCUAAAGUUGGGGCAACAUUUCAGACACCAUUGAAGCCAUGUUGUUUUGGAGUAAGUAGUAAUUUUUCAUGUGGGAGUGUGGAUGAACAUGGCAACAAAAUGUACACUUUGUGCAAACGUCCUGAUUUGGCCUUGUUUUGGGAUACCGUACACCCUACUCAAAAGGGAUGGUUUGCAACUUUUAACUCUUUGAUAUCAACUCUCAAACGUAUUUAAAUCAUAUUUUUCAUAUUCCUACUUGUCUUAGAGGAUCAUAUAUUCAUCUUAAAUUCCUUGUUUUUGCUUAUUUCCUUGUCCAAUAAAAACUCAAUUUCCUCCUUCAUGUAUUUGUAGUUGAAAUUGAACUAUCAAUCAUUAAUUUGAUAAUAAUAAUUAUGGUUUCUCAUA